GUUUGAGAGGAAAACAUUCACUGGCUGAGGUCCGACAGCUGCUCAACUGGUACUGGCAGUCUUACGAUAAGAAGAAGAUGCACUGAUGAAUGGAUCCCGCACCAAACCCUGUCGAAUAAUGAUCAGCAAAAUUGUUAUAGUGCGCCAUCCCGUUUCUGUGUGUGUACCUGUGAACCACAAGCUGACCCUGAGUGUCCGUGCUGAGGGCACAGGUAUUCUCAAUUACCAGUGGUUCACUGAGGAUGAUAAGGAGGUGCCUGCAGGCACUGAAGCAGACUUGACCAUCACAGCAAAAAUAACUCAGCUCUAUGUGUGUCGGGUCAACGACCACUUUUGUAACUGGGUGUUCAGCGACUGGGUGAAAGUGAAGGUGUUGGACAUUGAUAAAUCAGGGUUGCCAGAGAACUGGCUGGGUGAGCCACACAUUGCUGUCCACCCUAAACCCCAGACAGUCCAACAAGGUACACAACUCACUCUCCGCUGCGCUGCCUUUGGCGUCCCCACGCCACAUUAUCAGUGGUACAUAAAUGGACAGCCGCUGCUGGACAAGAAUAGUGGCAUACUGCAGAUUGACUGUGCAACGGCCGAACAUAGAGGAUCAUACCUGUGCUGCAUAUCUAACGUGCUCGAGGAGGCAUGGACUGAACCUGUCGAUGUUGACUUUGUGAAACCUGAUCAGCUUCUCAAUGCAGCCCCCACAGCCACUGAUAAAGUUGCCCUACUUAUUGGCAACUUGAAUUACACCAAUCACCCUCCCUUAAUGGCCCCCAUUAUGGAUGUACAUGAGUUGGCCAAUCUUCUGCAGCAGCUUGGCUUCAGAGUGGUUUCACUGCUGGAUCUCACCAGGGAGGAGAUGCUGGCGGCCAUUGACACGUUCCUUCAGCUCCUCGACAGAGGAGUUUAUGGCCUUUUUUACUAUGCGGGUCAUGGAUAUGAGUGUGUUGGGAGGAACUACUUGGUGGCCAUCGAUGCUCCCCAACCGUACCGAACUGAAAACUGUGUCUGUGUGCAGAGGGUCAUGCUCAGUAUGCAGCACAGACGGACUGCCCUGAGUGUAAUUCUAAUGGAUACCUGUAGAAAAUGGUACAACCAGGAUUGCAUACCUUCAGGUAUCAUGCCAUUAGGACCCACUGGGAACACUGUUUAUGGUUAUGCCACAUGUGAAGAUGCCGAGGCGUACGAAGUCCAGGAUGGGAGGAGAAGUACUGGAAUCUUCACUAAAUACUUGAACCAGCACAUCCUACAGACCGAGAAAGUCACACAUGUCUUAGAGAAGGUGUCCGAGGCUCUAGGCAGAGACCCUCUUGUCAAAGGCAAGCAGCAGGUGGAAAUCAAACACACCCUUAAGGAACCUCGAUCCCUUGCAGACCCAGUUCGCACCACUGGCCACACAAGGGAGCUCCACCAGCGAGAGGUGUGCUGGAGACAAGCAAAUAAGCUACCUCCGAAGAAGCGGCUGAUGUUUGUUUGCGGAGUAGAAGUGGAACUCAGCUUCUCCGCUUUGUUCUCGAAUGUCUUGGUGGCUUUUGCCACUGUAAAGACGGAAGGGCCCCGAACCCAAGACUGCAACGUCACCCUGAGUAGCAUACCUCCAAUGGAAGACAUAUUCUCCAGCUCUGGAAGGUCAGAAGAGAUGGAGACUCUCCUAUUUAUGAAAUCUGAUAACCCGGACUGUAGUCUGCAACUUUGUGCUCUUCAAAGGCUCAAGGAAACGCUGGUCAUCAAGCUGGAUCUACACUAUACUCACAUGGACAGUAAGCAGCGGCAGACAGAAAGCCAACAGGUGGACAUUGGAACGCCUCUGGUGGCCUCCUGCAAACUGUACACAAGGAAUCACCCAACAGCCAAGAAACGAGGAGGCGCUUCUGCUCAAAGUAUGGGCAACCUCUCGAGCGUCAAACCGCAGCUGCAUCCGACUGUGGCUGGUUCAUGUCGCCCUUUCACCAGAAAGGCAGAGUGUGCCGCUAAAGUUGCAGUUACAAAAAGCAACGAACCUGAAGAGAACGAUGAAAAUGAACUGCAAGACUUCCCUCUUCGACAUUAGGCGUUUCUGGUUCUAUUGUAAAUAGUAGUUUGAUGCUUUUUACUGAUGUGAUUAGGACUCAGUUGCUGAAUCAUUUGCAUCCUAAUCAUCGGCAGUUGAUGGUAGUGAUGAAUUAAUUACUGAGGUUUGCGUUACCAGCCAUCAAUUCAUAUCUUUAAACUGAAGAAACAUGAACACUUAACUACUUUUCUAAAACAUCAUUAAACGUACAUUGUAAAAUACUUUUUCGGCACUGGCGAGCUGGCUAGCUUAAUUUAACAAAUAAAGACUUUUACUGUUAAUAAUUUAUCUAAUAAAGACCACUACUUUCAUUACUA